AUGGCGACUCCAAACAGCCAAAUUGUGGUCACAUACGCCGAGUUGAGGUCUUACAACUUCGCUGAGAUCUAUUCCUUCCCAUCAGCAAGAUUCAGGAGCCGCAAGCCUGCAAUUCUUCUCAGCAAGAACUUGACUUUGGCACCCAGUGGAUUCAGAGAGCCACACAGAACCAGACCAGAACUGAAGCAGAACCAGACUCCUAAUCACAUAGGUGAGCCUGAGAGCUGGAAGCUGGCCAACGAGGAUUUCCAAGCAGGGACGCACAGCCAUAGGGCUGCACAGAACCAGAGCAGAACUGGACCUCCAGACCCAUCAGGGAACCCGAGAGCUCGUAGCUGGCGCACGAGGACUUCCGUUCAGGGACACGCAGCCGUAGGUCUGGUGUUCUCUCUGGAGCCCACUGCCACUACCCUGAGCCAGAGAGCCAACCAGAACUGGCAGGCUGAAGCGGCGCCGGGCGACGGGAGGCGGAUUCAUCUCGACCCGCAGCUGCCGACUGUUUCUGAGAGGCUCCGGUCCGGAAGUGUGGGCGUCUGGAAACGGUCGGUGCUGCUGCUGGUGACUCUGGAUGUGAGCCUACAACGACCAGUUCACCUCCUCCUCAUCAUCACGACUCAAGAAGAUUUCUUUGUGUUUUUCAGUGGUAUCAUGAAACCAGGGAUGAAUGCCAUCAUGGGGGCAACCGGAAGUGGAAAAACAUCACUCCUGGAUGUAAUCGCAGGCAGAAAAGAUCCAGCUGGACUUCGUCAGGGACAGGUCCUGGUGAAUGGCAGAGCUGUCACCUCUGAGCUCAGGCUCAGCUCUGCCUACGUGGUGCAGGAUGAUAUCCUCAUGGGAACUCUAACAGUGAGAGAAAACCUCCGGUUUAGUGCCAACCUGCGCCUCAACCCCAAGUUGUACUCCUCUACUAAUAAAAACAAUCGUGUGAACACCAUCAUCAAAGAGCUGGGCCUCACAGACUGUGCUGACACCAAGAUCGGCACAGAGUUUCUGCGCGGUGUGUCAGGAGGAGAGAGAAAAAGGUGCAGCAUCGGGAUGGAGCUCAUCACGUCUCCUUCAUUGUUGUUUCUGGAUGAGCCAACCACAGGCCUGGACUCCAACACGGCCAACUGCAUCGUCGGUCUACUGCACAGGCUCUCCAGAAAAGGAAAGACGGUGAUCUUCUCCAUUCACCAGCCACGAUACUCUAUCUUCAAGCAGUUUGACCACCUGACCCUGAUGCACAAAGGAGAGAUAGUGUACGCAGGAGCAGCAGAGCGUGCUCUGGACUACUUUACAGGCCUCGGAUAUCAGAUCGAAGCUUUCAACAACCCUGCUGACUUCUUCAUGGAUAUCACAAACGGAGAAGCAACGUCAACAGUAGAAGCGCUAACUACAGUGGACGACGAUAAAAACUCGUUGGCAGCACAUUACCGCCAGUCCCAGCUGCAUCAGAACGUGAUGGAGGAGCUGGAGGACGUGACCCAGAGCAUCGCUGGGGUGGCCCCCAGUGAAGAACGAGCACCAGCUUAUGUCACCUCCUUCCUCUAUCAGAUGCGGGUGGUGUGUGGCCGGACGGUGCUGAACAUUUUGAGGAACCCUCAGACCUCUUACGCCCAGCUGGCUCUCAACAUCUUUUUUGGGAUUCUGGUAGGACUCAUUUACUACCAGAUGCCCCUGACUCUGCCCGAGGCUUUACAGAACAGGAGUGGAGCGUUCUUCUUCCUUAUUAUCAACAUGGUGUUUGGGAAUCUUUCCGCUGUUGAACUCUUUAUCAACGAAAGAGUGAUCUUCAUUCACGAGAACUCCAGCGGUUAUUACCGUACAUCUGUUUACUUCCUGUCAAAGAUCUUUGCUGAUCUCAUCCCGAACCGCAUGAUCCCGAUAUUUGUGUUUUCAGCCAUCGCCUACUAUAUGAUGGGUAACAUCAUCUGA